AUGGCGUCAAGAGAAGACCACGGCGCCUCUCAUAAACAUCGAGACCGCAAUGGCGACGCUUCCCGACGCGACCAGGACGAGAGCCGAGAACGGACAAGACGCCGCGACCGGCGCUCGCGGAGCCCCGAUCAUUCCUCCAGAAGACCUCGCAGCCGUGAGAGAGACCGAGAAGCGAGACGAUACCGUGACCGAAGUCGUGAUCGUGACCGUGACCGUGACCGUGACCGUGACCGCGACCGCGACCGCGACCGCAGACACAGACGCUCGCCCGAAGAACCAGAUAGCCGGCGCCGCCGACGCCGAGACCCGUCCGACGAUGAAGAUCCGAAGCGUGGCAGCCGCGCGCUGGCUCGGCAUCGCAAUAGCCCCCCCUUGAAGAGGUCCGGGCCGCUACCGUCCCAGCAAGAGUCCUUUGCGGUCACCACCACUCAAGGCGGCGGCGGCGGCGGCGGCGGUGAAGACCCCGAAAAGCCAAAGGAGAAGCCCAACAUCGGAACCACAGGCCGGUUGGCUGCCCUGUCCAACUCGGUCGCCCAGGCGGACGGCUCGACCAUUGUGCUCAAAUACCACGAGCCGGCCGAGGCGCGGAAACCACCGCCCCGUGACCAAUGGAAGCUCUUUGUGUUCAAGGGCAAGGACAUUGUCGACACGGUCGAACUGAGCGCGCGGAGCUGCUGGCUGGUGGGGAGGGAACUGGCCGUUGUCGACCUCGCCGCGGAGCACCCGAGCAUCAGCAAGCAGCACGCCGUCAUCCAGUUCCGCUACACCGAGAAGAGGAACGAGUUUGGCGACAAGAUUGGCAGGGUGAAGCCGUACCUCAUCGACCUGGAGAGCGCCAACGGCACCAUGCUCAACGAUGAAAAGGUGCCCGACAGCAGGUAUCUCGAGCUUAGAGACAAGGACAUCAUCAAGUUUGGGCACAGCACACGGGAAUAUGUCGUCAUGCUUGCUCCUCAGGAUUAG